GAGCUUACUGAGGUUUUUCGCCUUGAGUUCCGCGUUGUCAGUCCGCCAGUCUCAAAGCCGGUUCUUUUUGAUGCAAGUGGACAAGGCGGUGAAACAGCCUCCGCGUUCGGGCCUGAUAACUCUGGCGGCAAAUUAACCGGGAAAAUAGUGAUCCUUCAUGAGACAGGAUCUCGGGACGAGGCUACGGUCGGCGAGAGAGUCGGGCCGCGGCUGCUCUGGAGUCUGGUCAACUUGAGUCGGCGCAGUUCACCAGAUCGUGCAGUAGGCGGCAACCCGACCGUCACUCGCCUGAACAUCGAAGCUGUCCGUCUUAAGCAUUUGGCUAUUGUAAUUAAG